CAGGAAACAGGAAAUGGCGCAAUAAGUGAUGCCUGACGCUCAUCUGUUUGAAACUAGCGAGUGCAGAAGUCCAGCAUUUAUUUCUUUGCUUGUUUAUUGUUAAUAACGCGACAAAAAAAAAACUACUUAAGCAGCAGGAGCAACGUCAAUACAUUCCAUGUCCACCGUGGCCCCUCAGAAGGGCCCGGGGCCCGGUGUGGGUCUGCUUGGCCCUCAACAGCAGCAGCAGCAGCAGCAGCAGCAGCAGCUGAGAGAGAUCUCACCUGUGUACCUGUGCCGCAUCGGGCAGGAGACUGUGCAGGACAUCGUCACACGCACUAUGGAGAUCUUCCAGAUCACACGUGCCACUCAGCUUCCCAACGGAGUGACGCAGAGUCAGGCUGCGUAUCAGGAUCGCUUCGGGAAGCUCCAGGAACAUCUGCGUCAGCUGACUCUCCUCUUCCGGAAGCUGCGUCUGCUGUACGAGCGCUGUGUGGAGAUGACCCCUGACCUCCAGGAGUCUCCGGCCGAGCUGGUGCCGUAUGUGUCGGAGGAGGCCGAAGCCGUGCGGAUGGAGACCUGCAGUCCGGCCGUGAUUCAGGAGAGGAGAGAAGUUCUGGAGGUUUGAUAAUCUUUACAAUGGUCUCUCAGACCCAACAAGGCACCGCAGCUUCACACCCGAGGAACCCUUUCAUAGUUUCUCGAGCUUCUGGCGGAAGCAGCCGGGGUUUGGCGUGUUCGCACCGCAGGAACAAUUUUAGUUCUAGGAUCUCUUUCGGAGGAACUAAUUUACUCCUCCUUCAGAGUUGGUCUUAACCAGCACUAUAGGAACUAUCCGUGACGUUAGUGUUCUCUGAUUGGCCGAACGCAUGCCAUUAUUAAUAAGGUCUACAGAUUAUAGCCUAUAUAUUUACUAGAGAUGCACAGACUGAAGAGCCGAUUUUAACGUGAUCGGGACUGGCCAGUCAGUCUGACAUGCUGAUUUUAUGCCGGUCAAAUGCAUUCGGGCUCCACA